AUGGUUACUGAUAAUUAUAGUAAGUCAACUACUGACUCAGAGAAUUUUGAUGAUGUUUCAUCAUUUAAUUCAGACAACUCAUAUACACCACAAGAAUUUAUCGGUGAUACUCUCGGAAAGGAAUCCUCCACGAAAAUGGAUGAUCGUGCUAGUCAUCUUUCUCAUGCUAUUAAAGAGACUCGUUCUGGCACAAGUGACAAUAACACAAUUAAGCCAGUGACCAGUAAUGAUGUUCAUAGGAUUGUGAGCAGGAACAUAAUGGACAACAAUGUAGAAUCGGAGGAGGCAUUGAAAACACAAUUGACAAAUAUGGAAAGUAGAAGAGCUGAUAUUAUUCUACCUGCAUCAAUGGAAGGUAACUCCAAUUUUCCAGAAGAAUACACCAUGGAGACAACCACUGGAUUGGUUCCUGUGAAGACUUUAGAAGAUAUAAAAAAGAAGAAGACGAUAGACUCUGAAAAUUCUAGAAAGAGCCUUGUAAGCAGUGAGCUGAAAGCCAGUAAAUCCAACAAUACUGUGAAAUCUCGAAAUGAAGGUGGUUUGAACCCUGCAAAAUUGAAUGCUGCUGUAGAAAAAAAUAAAGAGGAACUGGAGAAAUAUCAACAUCACAAGACUGAGAAAAAUCCAAUAAAGAAGAUGUUGUUUAAAUUAUUUUACUGA